AUGACUAAUCCCAGCGAAAAGCUUUCGUCUGAAGAAGAUGCUAUUGGUUAUUAAUCAGCUAAAAGGUAUGAAGAUUAAAUCAGAGAGUUAUAGGAAGAAAUUCAGAAAAGAACUAGAGAAAAAGAAUAGUUGAGAACUGAAAAAGAAAUUGAGUGCAUUGGACUUAAACAAGAAAUGGAUAGACUUCAAAAACUUUGUGAUAGACUAACUGAGUAAGAAGAAUCUUAAAAGUAAUUGAAAGAGGUUUUAGAAGAUCAUAAAAAUGAUGCAAUCUAAAAACUAAACAAAGAAAAAGAAAAAAAUAAAGAAAUGAAGAAAUACUUGGAAGAAGCUCACUAGGAAAUAGAAUAGCUUAGAAAAAAUAGACAUGAAAAGCAUGAAAAGGAUGGAGAUAAUGAUCAUCAUUAGAGAAAACUAAGCUCUAAAGAGGAUGAAGAAGAUGCUGUAUACUAAAAAUACAAAGAACUAGAAGAAAAACUCACCAAAAUCCUAACAGAAAAGAAAUAAUUAGAAGAUCAAAACAAGAGUUUGCAAAGUGAACUCUAAAAUAAAAGUAUUUACGACAACGAAUCUUUUUAUGAAUUUUAAAAUAAGCUAUUAAAGUCUAAGCAAGAAUUGGAAGAUAAAAUAGAGCUUGAAUAGUAGUUAGAAAUAUGUUUAGAGAGACUUGUUAAUGAAGGAGAGCUGGAUCUAAUGGACUUAAAUAACAGUAGGAUCUGCAAUAAUCUUGUCAAGAUUCAAUAAAACUUUAAAGAAUUCUAUUAAUUUAAAGAAAAGUUUGGCUCAAAGCACUAAGACGAACUCAAAAAGAUAGCUUAAACAUAUCAGUCGUAGCUGAUUGUAAAAGAAAAAUAAAUAAAAGAAUUAUAAAAAUAUAAAGAAAUGUACUUAAAACCUGUGCUUAAUUCAGAAGAAAAUAGAGAUCCAUUUAAUUGUACAAAAAUAAAGAUCUAAUAAAAGGAACUUCAUUCUCGUCCUGAUACAGGAAGAAAGAGCGAAAUGAGCAAUGGCUAAAAGGAUGAGUAGCUUGAAUAUUAAAUGCUUGAGAUAGAGUCUCUUAAAAAUGAAAAUAUUUUACUUAAAAGUGAAAUAGAUCAGCUAAAGCAAGAACUUGAAGAUAACGAAUAGAUCUAAAAUAACUUUAUGGCAGAAUAAAGAAGAAAAAAUAAAGAACUAUAGGAGAAAGAAUAGAAGAUAUAGGAAUUAAUAUCUCAACAAAAUCAGCAAAAGAUAUAAUCAAGCAAUAGAUUGAAUAUGUCUUCUUCUAACUUGAAUAGCGAAGUAACAAAAAUGAGGCAAUAAAUGGAACACAAAGAUAAAUUAAUUUAGCAAUUACAAUCAUAAAUAAAUGUUACUCAAGACUCAUCAAUCAAGCACUCCCUUAAAGCUCUUUUCCCUACAUAUAUAGAUUCUUUAUUAAACUCAAAGGACAAGAAGAUAUCUUAAGAAAAUGACUCAUAUUUGACCCUCAUUCUUAAUAUGUUAGAAUAUUCAGAAAAAGAAAAGAAUGAGAUCAAGUAAAAAAUGGAUAAAGCAAAGAAUCAAAAAGGAGGUUUCCUAGGAUUUUUCAAAAAUUGA